UCCGGGACAUCAGGGGAGGCACGAGUUCGCUCUAGGAGUAAUCAGUUUCGGACUCGUAGUGGAACCAAGCGCUUGGGUCCCCGAUGCUGCACAAAUCACGGCGACCCCCGGUGGAGAUGAAGGCGGACUCCGAUUGGCUCUGAUUUUUAAAAGCCCUUUUCAUUCAGGAGGUUGCCCAUUAUCAACAUGGCUGAGCCUUCGGCCCCAGUACCCUCUGCAAAAAUGGCGUCACUUAGCCGGGUUCGAGCUCUGACGAUGAUUUUCUUAACUGUCAGCGGUUGUUUGGUCACCUCGACAAGUGGCAAGGAAGGCGGGGUAGAGUCGGACACGGUUAUCAUCGGGCUCCGGUUGGAGGACACGGACGACAUUUCCUUUAUGGAUAGGGGCUAUCUACGGGUGAGUGAACGGUCUCGUGUCAAAUUGAGGGUCUACGGGCAAAACAUAAACAACGAGACCUGGUCCAAAAUUGCAUUUACGGAACACGAGCAGAUCCGACCAGUCGGGGACAUCGACAGCUUAUCAGGGGACAACGGGAGCAAAGAGGAUACAUCCGCGCAUCCCUGCGGUAUCAGGACCUCGGAUAUAAUCAUCUUGCCCAACAUCAUUCUAAGUCGCAGGACGUCGGGAGUAGUUGAAAUCGAGGUCAAACCCCUUCGAAAAACCGAGAGGAGUAAAUCGUAUUACCUGUGCAUCGCCACCUCGACACCUGCCCAUCACGCCGCCGGCCUGCACGACCCAUGGACCGAAAACACCUGGAUUUACCACGACGGAGAUGACACGAAAGUGAUAGUUGUGGAGGAGAAGAGGUUUCUGCUCCCCUUCUGGCUUCAAGUCAUCUUUAUUUCCAUGUUGCUGUGUCUGUCAGGCAUGUUCAGCGGGUUGAACUUGGGACUGAUGGCACUGGACCCAAUGGAGCUCCAAAUAGUUCAGAAUUGUGGCACAGAGAUGGAGAAGAAUUAUGCCAAAAAGAUAGAGCCAGUUAGGAGCCAAGGGAAUUACCUGCUUUGCUCACUUCUCCUAGGCAACGUGCUCGUCAAUACAACUCUAACUAUCUUAUUUGAUGAUAUUGCAGGUUCUGGGCUGAUAGCUGUGGUGAUGUCAACUAUUGGAAUUGUCAUCUUUGGAGAGAUUGUCCCUCAAGCCAUAUGCUCAAGACAUGGCCUUGCCGUUGGAGCCAACACCAUUUUCCUCACCAAGUUUUUCAUGCUGCUCACCUUCCCUGCGUCAUACCCAGUGAGCAAACUUCUAGAUUACCUUUUGGGCCAAGAGAUAGGCACUGUGUACAACCGCGAGAAGCUUUUGGAGAUGCUCAGAGUCACGGAUCCGUACAAUGAUCUGGUCAAAGAGGAGUUGAACAUCAUUCAGGGCGCCUUGGAACUACGGACUAAGACUGUGGAGGACGUGAUGACCCCGCUAAGAGAUUGUUUUAUGAUUCCAGGUGAUGCUAUCCUCGACUUCAACACCAUGUCUGAAAUUAUGGAGAGCGGCUACACGCGCAUCCCCGUGUUCGAGGGCGAGAGGUCCAACAUUGUGGAUCUAUUGUUCGUGAAGGACCUGGCGUUUGUCGACCCAGAUGAUUCUACGCCGCUGAAAACCAUCACUAAGUUUUACAGCCAUCAGCUGCAUUUUGUGUUCAAUGACACCAGGCUGGAUGCCAUGCUGGAGGAGUUCAAGAAAGGUAAAUCCCACCUGGCCAUAGUUCAGAGGGUGAACAACGAGGGUGAGGGGGACCCCUUCUACGAGGUCCUGGGCAUCGUCACCCUGGAGGACAUAAUCGAGGAAAUCAUCAAGUCAGAGAUCCUGGACGAGACAGACUUGUACACUGACAACAAAACGAAGAAGAAAAUCACCCAUCGUGAGCGGAAGCAGGAUUUCUCAGCCUUCAAGCCCAACGACAGUGAAAUGAAGGUUAAAAUAUCACCUCAGCUUCUGCUGGCAACCCUGCGUUACCUAGCAACAGAGGUGGAGUCGUUCGGGCCGGUGCAGAUGUCAGAGAAGAUCCUGCUGCGUCUGCUCAAACACCCCAACGUGAUCCAGGAGCUGAAGUACGACGAGAAGAACAAGAGAGCACCAGAGCACUACCUCUUCCACAGGAACAAGCCUGUGGACUACUUCAUACUCAUCCUGCAGGGGAAGGUGGAGGUGGAGGCAGGGAAGGAAGGGAUGAAGUUUGAAGCAGGAGCGUUCUCCUCCUAUGGGAUGAUGGCUCUCACCACCUCUCCAGUCCCUCUCUCCCUGUCUCGUACCUUCGUUGUCAGUAGGGCUGAGUCCCUAGCAGGAUCUCCAGAGAACAGGUCCCCCCCGCGGCCGUUUGGCCUGAACCACUCAGACUCCCUGAACCGGAGUGACCGCAUCGAUGCCAUCACACCCACUCUGGGGAGCAGUAACAACCAGCUGAACGCCUUCCUACAGAUAUACAUGCCAGACUACUCUGUCAGGGCUGUGUCUGACCUGCAGUACAUCAAGGUGACCCGUCAGCAGUACCAGAACGCCCUGAUGGCGUCGCGCAUGGAUAAGACGCCCCAGUCGAUGGACAGUGAGUUCACCAAGAUCGAAUUGACUCUGACCACUGAGCUCCACGAUGGUGGAGGGGGAGGCGUCCUGGAGACGCCAGCUAUGGCCCACCACGAGACAGCCAGCCUGCUCAACCUCAACACACAGCCCCAGAACUGUCUGGCCCACAGGGUCAACCACACUGCGCACAAUGAGGGACCCAUCUAGCCCACACUGGGAUGGUGGGGACAGAGGGAGAGGAGGGAGGAGGGGUCUGGGGACAGGGGGAGAGGGUGAGAGGAGUGAGGAGGGAUGGUGUUAGUACCCUCUGGGCCAGGGCCUGGGCCUAAUCCUCCAACAUCCAAGGACCUCUAACCCCUACCCAUCACCCCCUUAUGGCUGGAAGAGCCUGGAGGGUUUGAGGGGAAGGACCUCUAACCCCUACCCACCACCCCCUUAUGGCUGGAAGACCCUGGAGAAUUUGAGGGGAAGGACCUCUAACCUCUACCCACCACCCCCUUAUGGCUGGAAGACCCUGAAGGAUUUGAGGGGAAGGACCUCUAACCCUUACUCACCACCCCCUAUGGAUUGAAGACCCUGGAGGAUUUGAGGGGAAGGACCUCUAACCCCUACCCACCACCCCCUUAUGGAUUGAAGACCCUGGAGGAUUUGAGGGGAAGGGGGCUACGGAGAUGUGUAUACUGAGCCCCAGCCUGAACCUCUACUCUCUACCCUCCACCACCCCUGUCUGAUUCCACAGCCUGGAACAGGAUACCCUUUGGGGUAGUGGGGAAGGGGGCUAAAGGGAUAGCACUCUGGGCCCUCACCCACCUCUAGAAGACCCUGUUAGGGUGGGCUUGGACCGUCCUCGGCCAAUCCAUCCGCUUAAAUACCCGGGAACCUGGUAUUCCAGUAGCUCGGAAAGAUGGACAACAGUGUGCAUGCCCCCCCAUUCCCUGACCACACACAAACACUUACACAUAAGUAUACACACUUUCCAGUCUGUUCUUGUUCAGGGAUUGGCAGUGGACUGUAGUAUUACUAGUACUACUACAACGAAGGACUUAAACGCACGCAAACAAAUAUGGUUAGUCAAAGACUGUACCAAAUACCGCUUUGAAGGAAACCAUGGAACCAUGAACCAAGAAUGUUUUUGUGCAUUUAUUUAUUAUAUAUAUACAGUGGGGAGAACAAGUAUUUGAUACACUGCUGAUUUUGCAGGUUUUCCUACUUACAAAGCAUGUAAUCCGUCAUU